AGUUUCAGGUGAUCUCUCACAUCAUUAUCCUUUGAUCUGAAAGAUUCCUUUAACUAUAUCUCUUCUAUAAAUAUACCCCAUAGACUCUCUUUCCUUCAUUCUUCUCUUUAUUUUCCUUUCUUGUUUCUGCUCUUAUUUUCUUCAGGGUUUUUCCUAGAAAAUAUCUUGUAAUGGCAGGAAUUGAGGCCAAGUUUCAGCAGAACCCACCUCUGGGAACACACAAGCUUUUCCUUGGAGCCCAUAUAUGCUUGAGAAUUUUGACAGUAACUGCUACAUUGACUGCAGCUUGGAUGAUGAUCACCAGCAAGCAAACCGUUGAGGUGUAUGGGAUCCAAGUUGAAGCCAAGUAUAGCUACUCAUCAGCUUUCAAGUUCUUCUCCUACGCAAAUGCUAUUGCAUGUGGCUGUUCUGUGCUAACCUUGUUCCCAGCUUUCUCCCUCUUCUAUCGAGGCUCGACCCCAAUGAAGUUCUUCUUCUUGUUCCUGCAUGAUUUGUGCAUGAUGUCUUUGGUGCUGGCUGGUUGUGCUGCUGCAACUGCAAUAGGAUAUGUUGGAAGGUAUGGGAAUAACCAUGCUGGUUGGAUGGCCAUCUGUGACCAAUUUGACGAGUACUGCAACAGAAUCAGACUCUCUCUGAUGUUCUCUUACUUGGCCUUUGUUUUCAUACUGAUGCUCACCAUUAUGUCUGCAAACAAGUCCAGAGAAAUUCGAGUCUGAGAAUGACUUAGAUUCAGUUUCUGUACAAUCAGAGUAAUAGUAGUAGUAGAAUUAGAAGUUUGAAGAAGAAGAAGAAGAAGAUGAUGAUGAGGUGGGCGUGUAGAUGAGGUAAUGUACUAUUUGAUUCCGUUUAUGUAUCAUCAAAAGCCCUGGAGUAGCAUAACUAUAGUGCAGGCUAUUGAAUUCAGGGCCUUCAGUUCCCCGGGUUGAUUUGGGAAUUCUCACUAAGAUUUUGGUUCGAACUUUAUUAAACCUUCACCAAGUCACAUCCCCACCAAAAUUUCAAAGGUAACUGAAAAGGGGCAUGAUAAGAUUUCUAAGGAAGAGAGAUAUCAAUCCAUUUUUUCUUUUCCAAGGCUAAGCUGAUUAAACCAAAAUAAAACAACUAAAAAUGAGAAAAGCUAGUUUCAAGGUGAAGUGGAGUGGGUGUCAAACAGGAC